GAGGACACAGAGGAGGUCGAACAUGACAUAGAACCAGAGGAGGUCUAACAUGACAUAGAACCAGAGGAGGUCUAACAUGACAUAGAACCAGAGGAGGUCUAACAUGACAUAGAACCAGAGGAGGUCUAACAUGACAUACAACCAGAGGAGGUCUAACAUGACAUACAACCAGAGGAGGUCUAACAUGACAUACAACCAGAGGAGGUCUAACAUGACAUAGAACCAGAGGAGGUCUAACAGGACAUACAACCAGAGGAGGUCUAACAUGACAUACAACCAGAGGAGGUCUAACAUGACAUACAACCAGAGGAGGUCUGACAUGACAUACAACCAGAGGAGGUCUGACAUGACAUACAACCAGAGGAGGUCUAACAACCAGAGGAGGUCUAACAACCAGAGGAGGUCUGACAUGACAUACAACCAGAGGAGGUCUGACAUGACAUACAACCAGAGGAGGUCUAACAACCAGAGGAGGUCUAACAUGACAUACAACCAGAGGAGGUCUAACAUGACAUACAACCAGAGGAGGUCUAACAUGACAUACAACCAGAGGAGGUCUGACAACCAGAGGAGGUCUAACAACCAGAGGAGGUCUAACAACCAGAGGAGGUCUAACAACCAGAGGAGGUCUGACAACCAGAGGAGGUCUAACAACCAGAGGAGGUCUAACAUGACAUACAACCAGAGGAAGUCUAACAUGACAUACAACCAGAGGAGGUCUAACAUGACAUACAACCAGAGGAGAUCUGACAUGACAUACAACCAGAGGAGGUCUAACAUGACAUACAACCAGAGGAGGUCGAACAUGACAUACAACCAGAGGAGGUCUAACAACCAGAGGAGGUCUAACAUGACAUACAACCAGAGGAGGUCUAACAUGACAUACAACCAGAGGAGGUCUAACAACCAGAGGAGGUCUAACAUGACAUACAACCAGAGGAGGUCUAACAACCAGAGGAGGUCUAACAUGACAUACAACCAGAGGAGGUCUAACAGGACAUACAACCAGAGGAGGUCUAACAUGACAUACAACCAGAGGAGGUCUAACAUGACAUACAACCAGAGGAGGUCUAACAUGACAUACAACCAGAGGAGGUCUGACGGAGGAACAGUCAGUCAGCAUGACAGAUAUUAUGGAGGAACAGUCAGCAUGACAGAUAUUAUGGAGGAACAGUCAGUCAGCAUGACAGAUAUUAUAGAGGAACAGUCAGUCAGCAUGACAGAUAUUAUAGAGGAACAGUCAGCAUGACAGAUAUUAUGGAGGAACAGUCAACAUGACAGAUAUUAUGGAGGAACAGUCAGUCAGCAUGACAGAUAUUAUAGAGGUACAGUCAGCAUGACAGAUAUUAUGGAGGGACAGUCAGUCAGCAUGACAGAUAUUAUGGAGGAACAGUCAGUCAGCAUGACAGAUAUUAUAGAGGAACAGUCAGCAUGACAGAUAUUAUAGAGGAACAGUCAGUCAGCAUGACAGAUAUUAUAGAGGAACAGUCAGUCAGCAUGACAGAUAAUACGGAGGAACAGUCAGCAUGACAGAUAUUAUAGAGGAACAGUCAGUCAGCAUGACAGAUAUUAUGGAGGAACAGUCAGCAUGACAGAUAUUAUGGAGGAACAGUCAGGAUGACAGAUAUUAUGGAGGAACAGUCAGGAUGACAGAUAUUAUGGAGGAACAGUCAGGAUGACAGAUAUUAUGGAGGAACAGUCAGGAUGACAGAUAUUAUGGAGGAACAGUCAGGAUGACAGUUAUUAUGGAGGAACAGUGAGCAUGACAGUUAUUAUGGAGGAACAGUCAGCAUGACAGAUAUUAUGGAGGAACAGUCAGCAUGACAGAUAAUACGGAGGAACAGUCAGCAUGACAGAUAUUAUAGAGGAACAGUCAGUCAGCAUGACAGAUAUUAUGGAGGAACAGUCAGCAUGACAGAUAUUAUGGAGGAACAGUCAGGAUGACAGAUAUUAUGGAGGAACAGUCAGGAUGACAGAUAUUAUGGAGGAACAGUCAGCAUAACAGAUAUUAUGGAGGAACAGUGAGCAUGACAGUUAUUAUGGAGGAACAGUCAGCAUGACAGAUAUUAUGGAGGAACAGUCAGCAUGACAGAUAUUAUGGAGGAACAGUGAGCAUGACAGUUAUUAUGGAGGAACAGUCAGCAUGAAAGAUAUUAUGGAGGAACAGUCAGCAUGACAGAUAUUAUGGAGGAACAGUCAGUCAGCAUGUCAGAUAUUAUGGAGGAACAGUCAGUCAGCAUGACAGAUAUUAUAGAGGAACAGUCAGUCAGCAUGACAGAUAAUAUGGAGGAACAGUCAGUCAGCAUGACAGAUAUUAUGGAGGAACAGUCAGGAUGACAGAUAUUAUGGAGGAACAGUCAGGAUGACAGAUAUUAUGGAGGAACAGUCAGGAUGACAGAUAUUAUGGAGGAACAGUCAGCAUGACAGAUAUUAUGGAGGAACAGUGAGCAUGACAGUUAUU